AUGUCUGAGUCUAUGCAUCUAGUCCAAGCAGGGGAGUCCGUCGACUUGAAUGAUGGUGUCCUAGUACAAUUAGAUUUCAAUGUUUGGACCAUUCCACCUAAAAACCAUGGGCUCAAUAUAUGUUUGACCUAUAAGGACAAGGACAAUGACAGGCAUGUCAUAGAGGAGGGACCAUGGGUACCAGGCCAGAGCUACCAGGAAGAUCUUGCUUUGUCAUUUACCAUCGCCCAGAAUCCUCACACCUUGGGGGGAUGGAGGCCAGGCAAUGUGCCGAUCUCCCAGUGGAGCAAUAUCCUAUCUCUGGCCAACACAGCCGGAUUCACUCAGUCCCCAAAGGAAGCAGGGGAUGAGCCGCUCUUUUCAAUUGAAGAGUAUAUCCCUCCUUCCAAGACGUCUGACUUCGGCUCCAACAACGAAGACGAGGCUACUAUUGUGCCCACAGAUCAGAACUCUAGCAUCCAUCCGGAUGGCGCAUCCUCCCACCAUGAUGAUUAG